GUGGGAAGUUCGUCAAGGAACUUUCAGGACACAACUGCUUCUAAAUAUGAUGGUGGGAUGGAUGCUAAGUUUGAGUUCACUGAAUCUGAGAGAGCUGAGUUUUCAGGUUAUGUUUUCACCCGAGGAGGAUAUGUUGAGUUGUCUAAGAAACUUUCACUUCCACUAGGUUCCACUCUUGACAGGUAUGAAGGCUUAGUUCUUUCUGUUGGAGGGAAUGGAAGAUCAUAUGUUGUAAUUCUUGAAGCUGGUCCAUCGUCAGAUAUGUCUCAGAGUAAACUGUAUUUCGCGACGAUUACUACCAAAACUGGUUUCGUAGUCAUAUACCUGCAGUAUAUAAAGUGCAUGAUUCUUACUUGCUAUGUGAUUAGAGAAGUAAUGAGGUGUUAAAGACAGUUCAGAGGAAAAAUAGUUCAUGAUUCUUCGGCAACGAUUGGUCUACGUAAGAUUUUAUCUUAACAAAAAUAAUAUUUCUCAGUUGUCCAUUACAUAUUUUCAAUUGCUCUUAAGGCUAUGGACUUAAUCCAGUCUUUUUCUUUUGCAGUGAUCUACGAUUUAUAGCAUUUCCAUAGCUUUGUAGUGCACAUAGUAACUUUUAUUCAACUGGUGAUAGCAGAAAAUAAUUUAACUUUUCCUUCAAGAGUCAUUUGUUCAUAUUUUCAAAUUUCCAAUAUACGAUAGUGGAGAAAGAAGCUACAUGAAAUAUACAUUUUCCUUAACAAUGGAAUUAAGCUACAAGACAAAGACAGAGAAGAGAAUAUACAAAGCCUUAUAAGUAUAGGAAAAAAUGUAAAAGAUUUUUUUAAUCAAAAAAAUAAAAUAUUUAUAUAAGGGGAAUAAGAUCAUUUGUCAAUUUAAGAUCAAAUAAAAAUUUACCCAACAUAAUUUAUAACUCCCAAACAGUGUAAGGAGCCUUGAACUCUUACGACCUGAAAUAAUAGAAUAUUACACUAAAAUAUUUGUACUAUUUAAUAUUUUAAAAUAAAAAAAUUAUUUCCUACAAAUAUAUAAAUCAACAAGUGGAAAUCAUCAUCAUCUAUAUGUAUGUCGAAUAAUUUUAAUAUUAUUUUCAACAAUUGAGUUAUCUAGAAAUCAAUUAGAACAAAAAUUAUUAUUAAAAUAUCAUAUGUCAUUUAAUAACAUUUUAAAUAUAAUAAAAUUUAGUCAUAUACUUUUUAAAUAGUAGUAACUAAUAUAUUUAUUUUCAUUAUGUUACCUAACUAUAAAAUAAAUGUCUGUUACAAUGAUUUAAUUAUUCACCUUUGCAUUAUUUAAAGUAAUUUUUAAAAUAGUACAAUUUCUGAUGAUAAAAAUACCAAUGAAUUCAAAUAAUAGUUUGCCUGCUAAAACUUUACAGAGCAAUGACGGGUACACAAUUAUUUAAUAGCAACACUGAUGAAGAUUUACAAUAUCUACAUGCAAAUAAAAAAUAUCUCGCCGGCCCUAGU